ACAACCAAAGUUUGUCUUUCAAUGUGAUUGGACCAGUUUAGACCAUUUACCUAUCCCUGGCUCAAUAAUAGUCACCUGGGGAAUACCCUGAGCCUGUGAUUUUCAGUAUGAUGGGGAGGAGGUGACAUUUGGUAAUGUCUGGAGACAUUUUUGAUUGUCAUAACUGUGGGGGUGGGGUCUACUGGCAUCUAUUGUGUAGAGGCCAGGGAUGCUGCUAAAUAUCCUACCAUAUGCAGACCAGCCCUCUUCCCCACAAUAGUUCCAUGGCUCAAAAUAGUACCAUGGUUGAGUAAGCUUAUUAAGUCUGUAUUCCUAGCUAACACUGACAAGGGGAAUGAGGUUUACCAUUAUUGGUUUAGAUCUAUCAGUAUCUAUGAAUAGGUUUAGCUUCCUGUUUCAGAAGGUGGGCCUCUAAACUAAAAAAGGAAAUGUUAGAAGAGAGCAAAGGGCAUAGACAACUGUCUUAGUCCAUAUGUACUACUUUAACAAAAUACCAUAAACUGAGUGGCUUGUAAACAACAGAAAUUUAUUUAUAAGUUCUGGGGGCUGAGAAAUCUGAGAUAAAAGUGCCAGCAGAUUUGAUGUCUGGUGAGGACUUCACCCUCAUGACCUAAUCACCUCUCCAAAGCCCUACCUCCAAAUACCAUUAUACUUGGGAUUAGGUUUCAACAUAUGAAUUUUGAGGGAACACAAAUACCGGUUUAUAGAGGCCACCAGUAAUAUCCAUGAAAGAGCUGAUUAUUUGAGGGGUUAUAAUAAUAUAUAUUUAAUUCCAACAAAGAUUCAAGUGGACAAUAAGCACAUGAAGAGAUGCUCAACAUCACUAAUUGUUAGGGGAAUGCAAAUCAAGACAAUGAGAUACCACCUUACACCCAUUAGGAUGGCUACUAUCAGAAAAACAAAAUAACAAAUGUUAGUAGGGAUGUGAAAUAUUUGAAACCUUUGUGCAUUGCUGGUAGGAAUCUAAAAUGGUAUAGCCACUGUGGAAAACAGCGUGGCAUUUCCUCAAAAAAUUAAAAAUAGGGGCACCUGCAUGGCUCAGUUAAGCAUCUGACUCUUGAUUUCGGCUCAGGUCAUGAUCUCACGGUUUGUGAGUUCAAGCCCCUCAUUGGGCUCUGUGCUAGCAAUGUGGAGCCUGCUUCAGAUUCUCUGUCUCUGUCUGUCUGUCUCUGCUCCUCCUCUCCUCAUACAUUCACUCUCUCUCUCUCAAAAUAAACAAACAUUAAAAAAAAUUAAAAGUAGAAUUACCUUAUGAUCUAGCACUUCCACUUCUGGGCAUGUACCCAAAAGAAUUGAGAGCAGGGUCUCAAAGAGACAUUUGUAGGGGAGCCUGCAUGGCUCAGUUGGUUGAGCAUCUGACCUCGGCUCAGGUCAUGAUCUCAUGGUUCAUGAGUUCGAGCCCCACAUCAGGCUUGCUGCUGUCAGCCAAGAGCCUGCUUUGGAUCCUCUGUCCCCCUCCCCCCGCCCCUCCUCUGUUCAUGUUCUCUCUCUCAAAAAUAAAUAAAACAUUUAAAAAGAGACAUUUGUACAUCCAUGUUUAUAGCAACAUAAUUAAUAGUAGCUAAAACUUAGAAGCAACCCAAGUUGCCAUCAACAGAUGAAUGAAUAAGUAAAAUGUGGUCUGUACAUACAAUGUAAUAUUAUUCAGCCUUAAAAAGGAAGCAAAUUUGGGGGUGCUUGGGUGGCUCAGUCGAUUAAGGGUCUGACUCUUGAUUUUAGCUCAGGUCAUGAUCUCGUGGUUCAUGAGAUUGCUUACAGCAGAGAGCCCACUUGUGAUUCUCCUUCUGUCUCUCUCUCAACCCUUCCUUCUCUUCCUCCCUCUUUCUCUCUCUCUCAAAAUAAAUAAAUAAACUUUAAAAAAAGAGGAAGGAAAUUUUUACAUAUGCUACAACACAGAUGAACUUUGAGGAUAUUAUUUGGUGUAAAAUAAGCCAGUCAUAAAUAGAUAAAUACUAGUUGAUUCCACUUACAUGAGUUAUUUAGAGUACCCAAAAUGAUAGAAAAUAGAUGAUGUUUUCCAGGGGCUGGAUAGAGGGGAGAAUGAAGAGUUAAUAGGUAAUGGGUAUGGGUUUCAGUUUUAAAAGUUGAAAAGUGUUCUGGAGAUAGAUGGUAGUAAUGGUUGUAUGAGAUUAUGAAUGUAUUUAAUACCACUGAACUGUGUACUUAAAAAUGGUUAAGAUGUUAAAUUUUAUGUGUAUAUUACCACAAUAAAAAAAAAGUAUAUAUGUAUUUACCAAGUGUGGACAGUCAUCAAAUAUAAUAAUCACAUAAUUACUGGUGAUUUAAAAUUUUUAUCAGUAUUUUCUACUUUAGUAUAAUAAAAAAACUUGUUAUAUUGUAGAAUUUACAGUGAGAAUGACUUUUGUGAUGAAAAAUUAUUUUUAUAAUGGCUAAUUUCUUGAGCAAAAAUUUUUUAAAGAAAGAAGCUUCAGUGGUGUAUCAUCUUCAAAAGGAAAUGUCAAGAGGGAAAAUUGUGUAGGAAUUCUUUUAAGUCGAUUUGAAUUUUAAUAAAUUAAAGCAUUUGGUUUAAAUUUUUCAGAAAGGCUAAUUUCUUAUACUUUGUCAAAAAGGAAUAAUGACUCGCAGCCUCUGCCUAAAAUAAGUCCUGGAAAUAAAGCAAAUACAGUCUCCUGACUUUGAGAAAUAACAGGAGGUAGAUAUCAUACCAGGCCUCUGGGUGCCGCUGUCUGCCAGUCCGUAGCUAGAGUGAAACAAAGCAGUCCAUUGGCAUUCUGACCCAGCGAUCCCCGCCGACAUUUGUGGAAUAUAUCUGGAGUGGACUUCUUACGCCUUCUCUUCCACCAUCUUUUCUAAAUUUCUGCGUCAGGAACAUCAGGAUGUUUAACGACCCGGAAUGAGGCGCUGCCUUUUCUCUCCAGUGUACCUUUGUAAUCCGGGAGCAACCAUGGCAAGAUGUAUUAGGAUCUGAGAAGCAGCAUUGAGAAGAGAUAAGAAAGAAGUCCCCCACAGGAAAGGCACACCGUGCGCAGUAAGCAGUUUCCCUUACUGAUGUCUUUGUUCAGCCUAUUGAAGUAUGCAUCAGAUGUGCUGUGAGAUUCUAGAAGAAAAGGCCAGUGGUUUAAAAGUGAGGAAUCUGGGCAAAGAUGUGACCAGAACUAUGGGUGAGUGCCGGGAAGCCUCUUUACUGCCAGAGAAAGGAGCAGGGAAGAACUGGAGAAUGAUAGACUAGAUCUAGCAGAUAAUGUUAAAGGAAGUCUUUAGGCCCUUGAAUCUGAAACCCUCACUGGAAACCCCAUGAAUGCUUUUCAUAUAAAUUUAUUCAUCCUGGAUAUAAAUAAUUUAUGGUUUUUAAUACAUUUUGUUUUGGAAAUUGUGGAAAACAUCUUAAAAUGAGCAUAGUUCAUUCUUAAACCCCAAUAUGUUUGGAUGCUACAAGUAAUUCUCUAUGGAUUUAUCACAUUAGUUUCAAUAGCCAUUUCCCCAGUCCCCACAAGUAAAAGAGAGGACUAGGGCAGGAAUGGACCAGAGGAGCAGAGCUGCCACCAGUUAGUGGUAGGGAGGGGUAGGAACAGCUCGUGGCAAGAUGAGGGAGUUGGAUGCUAAUGCCAGUGCUGCCGUACUGAGCCACAAGAAGUACAGCAGAAUCUGCCUACAGGAGAACCUGCCCUCCACCACAUGCUCUGCAUUCUUCAGGGGGACUCUACUGACCUGGAUGACACUGUAAGGUCGAGAUCCCCUACACUUACUACAGUCUCAUAUAGCAUAUCUACCAUCUAAAAGUGACAGUACCAUCUUUGAUUUUGGAGUGCAACAGAUGCAUCAUGGAGUAGAAGAGAAGAUUGGAGGCAGUUUAAGGGCCCCUUUCAAGAUCCUGAUUGAAAUGGAGGUUGAGAACUACAGUGCUGUGCAGGUGACUUUCAGCUGGGUGUCUAGUCCUAUUAAAGGCAAGAACUGUGGCUGCCCAAGCCAAAACAAUGGAGAGAUGAAAGAUACAGAAAGUAGUAAACACACAGUCAAACAAUUCACUUCUAAGAAUUACUAUGCAAUUCUUUGUAAGCUACAGACAGAUGGAAUUCUAAACUGGAAGCAGACCAUGAAAUACAAUGUCACUACCGGAGCCACCAAGGACAAGCUGUCCCUCUCCUCCAGCAUAAGCAUCACCCUGCAUAUCACCACCAUCAACAAAAAAUGCUUGUUUUCCAGCAGACCUCUUUCUGCAGUCCAGGAGAAUGGGAACACCUGCUAUAAGUCUUCAUCUCACACUUUAGUGCUUCUUACCCAGAUGUGGGGCCCUGUGCACCUAUUUCUUCCUGGCCAGCAACCUGGCACUGUGUGCACUGUCAUCCAGUGUGUCAGUAGGUGCAGAGCAUGAUGAUGUUCACUGCAGGCUCCUUGUGAUGGCAAAAAUACACAGGCAGUGCUGUGGCAGGAGCUGCAGCCAGAAGUCAUGCCCUCUUUGAUGUGGCACCAUGCUCAGUGCAGCUGGCUACCUGGUCACGAAAGUGACCAGCUGGAGAGCUUUGCCUGACUGUGCUAUCAUAUGCUUCAGACCAGCUAAUAUGGCUCUUCAACCUAGGGAGGCACAAGAGUGAGAUUAGCACCAUGGCACUGUGACCAACAGAGAUGUUGCUCUACAGGGGUUGCUGGUCACUGCAUACAAUACCAACAGUCAUCGUGCUGCACCUGGUCUUUGCAGAAGUUGCUGCCAGAACUCAGCAAUGGCCUGGCACCAGGUGCCAGGCAGGCAGAGCUACAAUUUUACCUGCCUAUGGCCUUGUCCUUGAUAUCUGUUCUCUUCUCCUCACAGUGACUCUGGCCUUCACCCUGCUUCUGUGGGGCUCCUCCAGCCCUACUUUCAGUCUGGUCUCUGGUCCAAGCCUAGAUUUGGAGAUACUUCUACUUCAAGUGAGAUUUGCCCUAAUUCUACCAUCUUUGUGUGGCUUCAGAUAUUGUAAAGUCUUAAUUUAAUUUCUUGAAGUAAACCCAAGAUACAUCUUUUAACUGCAUAGUCUCUGUGGUGCCUGCACUGCAACCUUAAAUAUUACAUUGGAUUCAAAUGUUUACCUGUGAGUUUUAACACUUUUAUUUUGUAAUAUCCUGUUAUAAAUCAACUCUGGUUGGUUUUUUUGUUGUUGUUAAAUGAGGAGAAGCUCUGCAAGUUCACUUUCUAGUUUCUGUGUGUAUUUUCAUUUCUUUCACUAGCUCAGACAGUCCCUUUGGUGAAAAGUUUGUUUCUAUUAGUGUAUAUUCUAAAAACUUAUAUUUUCUGCUAAAAAGUCCUUUCCUUGAAAUAUUGAAGGAAGUUUGCUGAAUCUUUAAGCUUUUGGGUUCCAUAUACUUGUUUUGAGAAGCUGAGAAACUAUAGAUUUGGUUACACAGGAAUAGAUAUUCUCUUUCUAAGAACUACUCUUGUGGCCUUUGUUUCCUUUAUUUCCUUAUUUUCUGGACCCUUCUCAAUCGUGUUCAUGGGUAGACUGCCAGUAUCUGGCCAGAUUUGCUCCUGAAAUGUUAACCUCUAGAAUGCAGAAAACAUUCUUCCCUAACUUUUGGGUAAAUCACUUGGAGCCUCAGACAUUUUAAUUAGUAACCUUUUACUAAUUUUGCAAUGAGUAAAAGAAGGAAGGCAAUCUAGUUUAAAAAUCUUGCUCUUUAAGAAAACCAGCUUCUCUUGGGGGAAUAUUAAGUGUGAUUUUAGGAGAAUGCAUAUUAUUUUAAUGGCCUGUCUAAAAAUAAAGAUGUGGCCCUGUCCUUUUCAGUUUUGAAGAAGAAUAUCACUACUUCUUAUGUCUCUUAAAUUGGAAGUCUUAAAUUAGAUACUCAUAUGGCAUUUUCCAGUAAAUUCUAAGAGCCCAGUGUUAUUUUAUUCAAAAUACAUUACCUUUGAGUGAAUUAAAGAUCUUUUAAAAUCUGCAUAAUACAAAAACUUCAGAAAAGUGGAAAAAUUAGGUUAGGGAUAAAACACGUUCUUUAAAAUUCCAAGGGAUAUUCAAAGCACAGUGGAAAUGAAAUGGGACAGUCCAAUUUUUAAAUGUCUAGCUUACAUCCUAAAAGUUUAUUUAUACGUUGGGGCAACUGGGUGGCUUAGUCAGCUGAGGGACCAUCUUUGGCUCAGGUUUUGAUCUCAAGGUUCCUGAGUUUGAGCCCCACAUUGGGCUAGCAGUUGUGCAAGCUGCUGUCAGUGCAGAGCCCACUUUGGAACCUCUGUUCCCCCAUCUCUCUCUGUUCCUCCCCUGCUCUCUCUCUCAAAAAUAAAUAAACAUUAAAAGAAAAAAAUUAAAAGUUUACUUAUCCUCCAGUUUUUUUCAUCCUCCAGUCAAAAGGCAAUUGCUCUUCUGUGUGGCCUGAGAAACUGUCAAAUGGUCAAGCUGUAGUAGCAUAAUGGAGGUAUGAUUUUGUCACUGUGAUAUUACAUGAAUAACACAUAGAAAGCAGAUAGCUUGGAAAUAGGGGGAUUCUACUGUACAUUGCAAUUUAGCAACAGUUAGAUGUGAUUAAAUAAAAAUAGUACUUUCUAAUUCUCAUACAUAUUUUGUAAAAUGCUUAACUAUUUCCUUGACAAUAAACUAAGACUUAAGGAAAGAUAGGUCAGGUUAAUGAGAAGGGAAUGUUUAAGUAUUACCUAGGAGUGUAGUAACUGGUGAGGACUCUGGGCGCCGCUGUUCACCAGUCUGAGAGAGAGAGGCAGCAUGCGCGUGCGCACACACUCACACAUCCCCAAAGGGAAAAAAAAUAAAAAGCUUCUUAGAACGAACCUCCAUCACCGCCAGAUUGAAAACAACCUCCCUGAAGCUUCCUUGACCCUACUUCUGGACCACCUUCUGCUCUGAAAUCUCCUGAAAAUUCAGUUAAUUUGGGCUUAGAAGAACAGAGAAACAAUACCGUUGGUACCAGACUGGGAGAAAACUACGAAAGGAGAGAGCAAUGGUGAUUCGGGGGAAGCAGCCCAGCUGCAGUGAACUGUUCCUGCUGUGCCUUUUUCUGGGGCUGUUGUUGGAAGCUUGGGCCGGGAAGAUCCAAUACAUGGUGCCAGAAGAGACAGACAAAGCAUUCUUUGUGGGCAACAUCGCCAAAGACCUGGGGUUACAACCUCAGGAGCUCACGGAGCACAGAGUUCGCAUCAUCUCCAGAGGUAGGACGCAGCUUUUUGCUCUGAAUCAUCGAAGUGGCAGCUUGGUCACAGCGGGCAGGAUAGACCGGGAGGAGCUCUGUGCUCAGAGUGUGCGGUGUCUGGUGAGUUUUAACAUCUUGGUAGAGGAUAAAAUGAAGCUUUACCCUGUUGAAGUGGAAAUAAUUGAUAUUAAUGACAACACUCCCCAAUUUCAGUUAGAGGAAGUAGAAUUUAAAAUGAAUGAAAUAACUACUCCAGGUACCAGGAUCCCUCUGCCUUUUGGGCAAGACCUUGAUGUUGGUAUGAAUUCACUGCAGAACUACCAGCUAAGCUCCAACCCUCAUUUCUCCCUGGAUGUUCAGCAGGGAUCUGAUGGAUCCCGAUACCCAGAGAUGGUGCUACAGAGUCCCCUGGAUAGGGAAGAAGAAGCUGUGCACCACCUCGUCCUCACCGCCUCUGAUGGGGGCAACCCAGUCCGUUCAGGAACCCUCCGCAUUCAUGUUCAGGUGGUAGAUGCAAAUGACAACCCUCCAGCAUUUACUCAAACACAGUACCACAUGAGUGUCCCGGAAAAUGUGCCACUGGGCACUCGGCUGCUUACGGUAAAAGCUACUGACCCAGAUGAAGGAGCCAAUGGGGAAGUAACAUACUCAUUUCACAAUAUAGACCAGAAAAUAGCCCAGAUAUUUCAAUUGGAUUCUGACACAGGAGAAAUAUCAAAUAAAGAAUCCCUGGAUUUUGAAGAAUACAAAAUUUAUCCAAUGGAAAUUCAAGCUCAGGAUGGUGCAGGCCUCAUGGCCAGAGCUAAGGUGCUAGUCAAAGUUCUGGACAUAAAUGAUAAUGCCCCAGAGGUAACCAUGACAUCUGUCACCACUGCAGUCCCAGAAAACUUUCCUCCUGGAACUAUCAUUGCUCUUAUCAGUGUGCAUGACCAAGACUCUGGAGACAAUGGUGACACUACAUGUUCCAUUCCUGAAAAUCUACCCUUUAAAUUAGAAAAGUUAGAUGAUAAUUAUUAUCAUUUAGUGACAGAAAGAACACUGGACAGAGAACUUACCUCCAGGUACAACAUCACAGUAACAGCAACAGAUAAGGGAAUUCCAACUCUAUCUACAGAAACCCACAUUUCACUGAAAGUGACAGAUAUCAACGACAACCCCCCUUGUUUUCCCCAGGAUUCCUACUCUAUCUUCAUUCCGGAAAACAAUCCCAGAGGCGCUUCCAUCUUCUCCUUGACAGCUCAGGAUGCUGACACCAAUGAGAAUGCACUAGUCACUUACUCCUUGGCAGAGGACACCAUUCAGGGGGCGCCUCUAUCCUCCUACAUUUCCAUCAACUCAGACACUGGCAUUUUAUAUGCCCUGCGAUCCUUCGAUUAUGAACAGUUCCGGGACCUUCAUCUGAGAGUGAUGGCGUAUGACAACGGGGAUCCCCGACUCAGCAGCAAUGUGUCGCUGAGCCUGUUUGUGCUGGACCAGAACGACAAUACGCCAGAAAUCCUGUACCCAGCGCUCCCCACCGACGGUUCCACAGGCGUGGAGCUGGCGCCCCGAUCCGCAGAGCCCGGAUACCUGGUGACCAAGGUGGUGGCGGUGGACAGAGACUCUGGCCAGAACGCCUGGCUGUCCUACCGUCUACUCAAGGCCAGCGAGCCGGGGCUCUUCACGGUGGGGCUGCACACGGGCGAGGUGCGCACUGCACGGGCCCUGCUGGACAGAGAUGCGCUCAAGCAGAGCCUGGUGGUGGCUGUGCAAGACCACGGCCAACCCCCUCUCUCGGCCACCGUCACGCUCACCGUGGCCGUAGCUGACAACAUCCCAGAUGUCCUGGCAGACCUGGGCAGUCUCAAGCCCUCAGCGGACCCUGACUCCUCAGGCCUCACGCUGUACCUCGUGGUGGCGGUGGCUGCAGUCUCCUGCAUCUUUCUGGCCUUUGUGAUCGUGCUGCUGGGACUCAGGCUGAGGCGCUGGCACUCGUCCCGUCUGCUCCAGGCUACGGGGGUUGGAUUGGCCGGCGUGCCAGCCUCGCACUUUGUGGGCGUGGACGGGGUGGGGGCUUUCCUGCAGACCUAUUCCCAGGAGGUCUCCCUCAGGGCGGACGCCCGGGAGAGUCACGUGAUCUUCCCCCAGCCCAACUAUGCCGACACGCUCCUCAGCCAGGAGAGCUGUGGGAAAAGCGAGCCUCUGCUGAUAACUCAGGAUUUACUUGAAGGCAAAAAGGAAGCAUUUUCUCAGGAAAUGUAUCAUAGAUGAGUAAGUCCAUGCUUUGAUAUACUUACUCUGCUCCAGUAAAUUAAAGAGAUAUACCAAAUAUAAAAAGAAGAAAGCCAAAGCAUGGUAAGGCACAAAUAAAAGAUAAAUAUAUUAAUGGACCAAAGAUGGAAAAGAAAGUGGUGAGCCAGGCUAAAGCUGUGGAAAUUCUAGGCUUGGCUUAGAUGCAGACAUUGAAGAUCAACAGGUUGUUCCAGCACUAUAACAGGAACAAAGUGCUUUGGGCUAAACAAGGGACCUGAGCCACACAUACUACUUGAAUCUAAAAUAAGCAGUUCAGCUCCUGAGCUAGUUCAAAUUGGCUGCCUGCCAAUUCCUGUGGUGACAACUUUUUGCAACCUGCAGACCAAGGGAGAGAGGUAGAUCCAGAUGCUGGCUUCAGAAAAUGAACACUAAAUUUCUUAGACUUGAGUUGUAAUAUUCAUAGUAUUACAGCUGCACACCACUAAAAGACCUACUUAUGGCCUGGGACCUGGGAUAGAAUAAUUUCAAAACCAUUUGAGACAAAUCCCUGAACCCAGGAGGGAGGGAGAAUGGGAGAGAAAGUAGAAGAAAAAGACCAAUUAAAAAAAAACUCUUCUGGGGCACCUGGGUGGCUUAGUCAAUUGAGUGUCUCACUUCAGCUCAGGUCAUGAUCUCAUGGUUGUUCAGUUAGAGCCCCGAAUCGGGGCUUGGGGGCUUGCUGAUGUCAGCACAGAACUGACAGGAAUCCUCUGUCCCCCUCUUUCUCUGCCCCUCCCCUGCCCAUGCUCUCUUUCAAAAAUAAAGUAAAAUAAAAUAAAAUACUCUUCCACUUAAAAUAAAUGUACAAACCAAAAUGUUGAAACACAUUGUCUUCUAGAGUUAUUGUUGCUAAUGAGAUACUUUCAACAAAUUGUCAUUUUUAAGGUAUCUCCAUUUUCUCUCUGAAGGCUUUAAAAAUUUUUCUCUGAUUCUUGUUGUAUGUCUAAGUGUUGAUUUUUAUUUUUAUUAUCUGUUUGGAGUAUACUUUCUAUUAAUAAUAUAAGUUAUUUCAAUUCUGGAUUUUCUCAGCUCCUAUUAAUGAAAAAUUUUGCUUCUAUGUGUAUCUUACAAUUUUAUUUAUUAUACCUCAAUAAAGCUGGAAAAAUUACAAAGCAAACAUUUAAAAAUAGUAAAAGGAAACAAAAAAGUUUGGACAUUUAAAUCUGUACUCCUAUAUUACUCUUGGAUUUAAGAAAAUCACAAUGGAAAUAAGAACUACUGAAGGAACAAAAAUUAAAAUAUUAUUUAAAAUUGUGGAAUACAGCUAAAAGAGUAUUUAGAGGUAAAUUUAUUGAUAAAUACAAUAACUAAAAGUUAAACAAAACAAAUUAUUUAAAAUAAGUGAAUUUAGCAAGCCACUCAAGAAACAAGGCAAAAAAACCCACAUUAUAUCAGCAUAAACUUAAAGAAAAUAAUAGGAAAAAUAACCAAGGUAAGGGUAUAAAUUAUUGAUAUGCAAACAAGGAAGAAUUCUAAUGAAAAAGCAAUAGAGGGGCGCCUGGGUGGCUCAGUCAGUUGAGCAUACGACUUCAGCUCAGGUCAUGAUCUCACAGCUCAUGAGUUUGAGCCCUGCUUUGUCAGGCUCUGUGCAGACAGCUUAGAGCCUGGAGCCUGCUUAGGAUUCUGUGUUUCCCUCUUUCUCUGCCCCUCCACUGCUUGUGUUCUGUCUCUCUCUCUCAAAACAAAAUAAACAAACAUUAAAUUUUUUUUAACAAUAGAAGCAGACAGUAAAAGUCAUACUGAAACUGGUGGGAAGAAAUUAAAAUUCUGUCAAGUCCAAUGGUGGGACUAAUAUACAGUAGGCAGAUGUCAUGGCUAAAAUUCUUUUUAAAGAUUUUAAAAGAAAACCCCAAAUUCUGCUUAAAAACAAAGUCUUGGAAAAGGAUAAAGAAAAGCAAGAGAAACUGGGGAAAAAAUAAAACAACUUGAUAAAAAGCAAGAAGAAUGAGUGGGAAAUAAUAUACAGAGUAAAACCAGAUAUUGUCAAAGACAAAGAACAGAUAAUCUUUAGAGAGCUACAAUAAGGGAUGUUGAACAAUUAUUUAAUGAGACUUGAAAGCAUCAAAACAAUGUUGAUGAAAAUAUUUUUAAAAAUCUAAGAAAAAGUGGAGGCCCUACUAGAAAACAAGGUGAGUUGAUACCAAUUGUUUGCAAUUUUUUCCAUUUUCAGAGGAAUAGGUAAAAGUAAAAUUGGGGGCACCUGGGUGGCUCAGUUGGUUGAGCAUCCAACUCAUGAUUUCAGCUCUGGUCAUGAUCCCAAGGUCAUAGGAUCCAGCCCUGUGUUGGGCUCUGCCCUGAGUGUGGAGCCUGUUUGGGAUUCUCUCUCUCUCUCUCUCCCUCUCUCUCUCUCUCUCUCUCCCCCUUCC